GGUAGCGGCAGCGGCAGCGGCGUUCGACUUGGCCGCCUCCGGGAGCGGCAAGCGGUAGGGAAGGGAAAGGGGGCCCGAUCUAGCCUGCGGGGCCGUGGGGCCCGAGUUCCCGCGCCGCUCGGGGCCGAGUCCCCGCCGCAGCUAGACUGCGCCCUCCGCCGGGGCUGCCUCGCAGUUGCCUCGGACGACCGCGACCGAGAGAAGUUGGGGGGUCCCACCGGACACUAGGACCCCGGACUCCGGGGGUCACCGUGAUCCCGCGGAAGCCUGCUCCCGGCGAGCCGCCGCCUCAGGGGCUCCGCAUCGGGUUUCCAGACUUAUAGAAUGGCUAAACAUUAAUGGAAGGAGAAGCAUAAAUCUAUCUUCCAUUAUGGAGGCAGGUUUAGCAGAUGGAGAACCUGACAUAACUUCGAUCAUGCCAUAUUCAGAAGUUGCUGAAGUUCCAGAGACACUUCUUGGUGAUAGCAAAGAUGUCCUUGGGCCAUCAACUGUUGUAGCAAACAGUGACGAACCUCAGCUUUUGACCCCAGGAAAGAUGAAUCAGCGCCAAGGGAGAGAGGCUUACCCAACACCAACUAAAGAACCGCCGCAGCCAUCUCUCAGUCCUGCAAGUCCUCACAGCCAGGGUUUUGAAAGAGGAAAAGAAGAUAUUUCUCAAAACAAAGAUGAUGUUUCGCUUUCAAUGUCAAAGAGCAAGUCUGAAUCUAAACUUUACAAUGGCUCAGAAAAGGACAGUUCUACUUCAAGUAAACUCACCAAGAAAGAGUCUCUCAAGGUACAAAAGAAAAAUUACCGUGAAGAGAAGAAGAGGGCCACAAAGGAGUUGCUCAGCACCAUCACAGACCCCUCUGUCAUCGUCAUGGCCGACUGGCUGAAGAUUCGCGGUACCCUAAAGAGCUGGACCAAGUUGUGGUGUGUGUUGAAACCUGGGGUGCUUCUGAUCUAUAAAACACAAAAGAAUGGCCAGUGGGUUGGAACAGUCCUUCUGAAUGCUUGUGAGAUCAUUGAGCGCCCAUCAAAAAAGGAUGGCUUUUGUUUCAAGCUUUUCCAUCCUUUGGAGCAGUCUAUCUGGGCAGUGAAGGGUCCAAAGGGUGAAGCAGUUGGAUCCAUAACCCAACCCUUACCUAGCAGUUACUUGAUUAUCCGAGCAACUUCAGAGUCAGAUGGUAGGUGCUGGAUGGAUGCCUUGGAGUUGGCUUUGAAAUGUUCUAGUCUUCUUAAACGUACAAUGAUCAGGGAAGGAAAGGAACAUGACCUGAGUAUUUCCUCAGAUAACACACAUGUGACUCUGUAUGGCUUACUGCGUGCUAACAAUCUCCACAGCGGUGACAACUUCCAGUUGAAUGAUAGUGAAAUUGAAAGACAGCACUUUAAGGACCAAGAUAUGUAUUCUGAUAAAUCUGACAAAGAAAAUGAUCAAGAGCACGAUGAGUCUGACAAUGAGGUGAUGGGGAAAAGUGAAGAAAGUGAUACAGAUACAUCAGAAAGACAAGAUGAUUCUUACAUUGAACCAGAGCCCAUUGAGCCUUUAAAGGAGACCACCUACAUGGAGCAGAGCCAUGAAGAACUCGGGGAGGCAGGUGAAGCUUCUCAAACGGAAACUGUGUCUGAAGAAAACAAAAGCCUUAUCUGGACUCUGCUCAAACAAGUCCGUCCUGGCAUGGACCUGUCCAGGGUGGUUCUUCCUACAUUUAUUUUGGAGCCGCGUUCUUUCCUGGAUAAACUCUCAGACUACUACUAUCAUGCAGACUUCCUGUCUGAGGCUGCUCUUGAAGAAAAUCCAUAUUUCCGUUUGAAGAAAGUUGUGAAAUGGUACUUGUCAGGAUUCUAUAAAAAGCCAAAGGGACUGAAGAAACCAUAUAAUCCUAUACUCGGUGAGACUUUCCGUUGUUUAUGGAUUCAUCCCAGAACAAACAGCAAAACCUUCUAUAUUGCGGAACAGGUGUCCCAUCACCCACCAAUAUCUGCCUUUUAUGUUAGUAACCGAAAAGAUGGAUUUUGCCUUAGUGGUAGCAUCCUGGCUAAGUCCAAGUUUUAUGGAAACUCAUUAUCUGCGAUACUAGAGGGAGAGGCACGAUUAACUUUCUUGAAUAGAGGUGAAGAUUACGUUAUGACAAUGCCAUAUGCUCAUUGUAAAGGAAUUCUUUAUGGCACAAUGACACUGGAGCUUGGUGGCACCGUCAAUAUCACCUGUCAAAAGACUGGAUACAGUGCAAUACUUGAAUUUAAGCUAAAGCCAUUUUUAGGGAGUAGUGAUUAUGUUAAUCAAAUAUCAGGGAAACUUAAAUUGGGAAAAGAAGUCCUAGCUACUUUGGAAGGCCAUUGGGAUAGUGAAGUCUUCAUUAAUGACAAGAAGACCGAUAACUCGGAGAUUUUCUGGAAUCCAACCCCUGACAUUAAGCAGUGGAGAUUAACAAGGCACACUGUGAAAUUUGAAGAGCAGGAUGAUUUUGAAUCAGAGAAACUCUGGCAGCGAGUAACAAGAGCUAUAAAUGCCAAAGACCAAACAGAGGCCACUCAAGAAAAGUAUGUUUUGGAAGAAGCUCAAAGGCAGGCUGCGAGAGAUCGGAAAACAAAAAAUGAAGAGUGGGCUUGUAAGUUAUUUGAACUUGAUCCACUCACAGGAGAAUGGCACUAUAAGUUUUCAGAUACUCGACCAUGGGACCCACUUAAUGAUAUGAUACAAUUUGAAAAAGAUGGUGUUAUCCAGACCAAAGUGAAACAUCGCACUCCAAUGACAUGGACAAACUCGAAAGGACAAACAUUCUACCGUUUCCACGUAGGCAGAUUCCCAGAGUCAGAAAGUAGAUUACAGGUUCGCAGCCACCUGAGGAAGAAAAGGGUUAGUGUUCCAAAAAUGAAGCAUAAACCAACGAGGCAACAGAAGAAAGUGGCAAAAGGCUAUUCUUCCCCAGAACCCGACAACCAGGACUCAUCUGGAAGUGAAGGUAUUGCUGUUGGUACAUCUCAAUCUGUAAAAGCGAGUACACGAAGAAAGAAGGGGAUAGACCUGGGUGAUAUUCAAAGUUCCAUUGAGUCUAUAAAGCAAACACAGGAAGAAAUUAAAAGAAAUAUUAUGGCUCUUCGAAAUCAUUUACUUUCAAGUGCACCUGCUACAGAUUAUUUUCUGCAACAGAAAGACUACUUCGUCAUUUUCCUUCUGAUUUUACUUCAAGUCAUAAUAAACUUUAUGUUCAAGUAGACGUUCUCAACAGUUGAGUCACUGAACUAGACAGAUGGAAUUUGACCUGGGACCAGUGUUCAGAUUGGUUUUCUCUCUAGUAAAGCAUCACAGCAUUUCUAAAUCAACAGAGCAGGAGAUAAACGUACAAGUGUCUGCCUACUUUCCGCAUUUUUUUCCUUAGCCCGAAACAAGAGCCGUUCUGUUUGAUUAUUAAAAUUAGCUAUGUGUUAAGUGCCAGAACACUUUGUGAGACUGUGCCUACAUGUGAGCAUAAUAAAUCCACAUGUGUACACAAGAACACUUACCUGACAGUAGUUUCUGUGUUCUGCCAUAUGUUAUGAAAUACUCUGAUACCACUGUUCAUAACAAAAAUGCCAUCAACCUUAUAAUAUAUGUAUAGUCAACUGUUUUCUUUAGAAGACUGGCAUAUAACUUUUACUAAGAAAUUACAGUGAAGAAAUGAUAGAUUAUAGACAUCUGAUGACUGAUUCGACACAUUAUAAUGUUAAAACCACCUCUAAGGUUUCUAGCUCAGUUGUCUUAGAAAUACCAAGAGAAAAGUGAGUGGUCAGAAUGAAAAUAUUGUGGGAAACAAGUAGAAAAUUUUUAAGAGUUUACACAAAAUUUCCUCACCCCUAGAACUUAAUGUUACAGAUAUAGGUAUAUCCGUACUUAUAUAUAUAUAUAUAUCAAUAUUAAAGACUAGUAUGUAGCUACAUGGAUCAUUUAUGUUACAAUCCCACCUUAAGUACUUGCUGACAAUUGGUUGAUGCCAUCCUUUUCUGGUUGAGUAAGUUAGCUGGUCUAGGGCAUUGUCCAGACAUUAGUGUUUAUAGGGUAUGUGAAAUCCUGAUAAUUUUAUGUUUUCUUUAUAAAAAACAUUUUAGCAUUCAUUUUGACAAUAGAGUGCUCAAUGAGUAAAUAGAAAAGAAAACUUGUAAUAUUUUACUUCAAAAGCAAAAAAAAAAUGCAGUAAGACAAGACACUGCAGUGGCCUUUAUUUUUAAGAACAUUAAAAUCAACUUGCUUAAAUGUGCAAUAAGUUGGGCAUUCGAGAAUAUCCAGUUCUGAAGGGUGUCAUCUCCUUCUUCCGCCCUGUGGCAAGCCACAGUUCUGUACAAGUCCUUCUGUUCAGGCUCAGCCAAGUUUCAAUUCUAAGGGUUUUUGCCUAUUUCUUCAGUUUAACAUUUUGACUUUGUAUUGUUGUCAAAAAAACACUUCUUUAAAAUAUAAUUAAGCUUUGGAACGCGUGAUAAAAUUUAGAUUCCUCCAAACUACAGGUUUCAAAAAGGUUUAUAUGGUGAAGGAGCUGUGGGUCUGGCUCCACCUGCCUUCAGCCGAAGGAGAGACUGAGGUACAAGUCAGUCACCUGAGGAGAAGCUGCAGUCUACACUGUGUGAGGGUUACAGAGCCAAUGGCUGCUCCAGUGCUGUGUCUGCAUAUAACUCUCUUCAGUACCAUAGGUUCCCAUGAAAAGCCAUUCCCACACGGUGUCAGCAAAACCAUGCUGUAUUUCAUAUGAAAAUAGUUUAAACUUUUGACAGCAUAAACAAAAGGUGUACCUAUAUCCAAUAUUUCAUUAUUAUGGAGUUUUGGGUUAUAUUUCAUAUUUGUCAAUAUAUUUUUUGUAUUCUUAUUCUACUACCAAUAUUAUGCUCAACUGCCUAUUCAUGGAUGUGAUAUUUUGUAAAUAUUGUACAACUUGAUCUUUAUAUGAUUUUAAAUUAGUAUUAAUUUAUAUUAUAUAUAACUUAGUUGGUUGAUCACUAGAAGUUGUUAAAUUGUUGGUGACCUGCCUUAGGGCUCUGUCUUCCUCCUUUGUAUUGUUUCAUGUGAUCUGAACAGUACUUUAUUUGUACUGAUAUCUGAGACUGGAAAGGUAGUUGUUUUUUGGGUUUUUUUUUUGGUUUUUUUUGUUUGUUUUUUUAUUUUAUUUCAUUUCAGAGUUGAUGUUAAUGGGUCCUUACCCAAGGAGUCAGAAACAAAUUAACAGGGUGACUGUUUCUUAUAUACUAAAGGCUUAUGUUCAAUUGAAUGUUUCUCAUACACUUAGUCGUAUGAGUUUCUUUCUGUGAACUGAACACAAAACUCAGGAAUUGGUGGAUUCGUAUAUGAGUCCUUUAAACAAUGUAUAAUUGACCUUGAGUUUGGCCAGACUGUGUGACUUGACUUUGAACAUUCUAAUCCGAGGAUUCUCUCUUCAUAGAUGGAUUCACAGUGUGUGUGACUCACUGUUCCAAACUGUCUGAAAACUCCACAUGGUAUAUCGGGUUUGUGACUCCAUGGCCAGCUUUCUUUAUCUAAAACCUCACCUUCUCACGAGAAAAUUUAGAUGAGUAAUAACUACUGACAUUUUCAUUUUUCAGUUGUUAAAUGUCUUUAGUUGCCCCCCCCAAUUUAGUGAGAUGUUGCUGGCUAGGGAAAGAUAGUAAUAGACAUAUGAGAUGUUAGUGCGCUACAGCAAUAGAUAUUUAACUUGUAUUCUUUUUUUUUUUUUGUAUGACUUAGAAAGGUACAGUGGUAAUCUUUGUCACAGCUCAGUUGGAAACUGCAUUCCAUUGAAAAGCUGGCCCUGUAAGAUACAAUCUUCAUUUCCUGUCUCAUGGUUUUGUGCCUUUAAGGAGAUAUUUUUAUUGUUUUAUGUUACAGAACUAUAAUGUGGUGUUCAAAGUGUUUGUAGGCUUAUUUGUCAUAAAAGGGUCAUUUCUCUGUCACUUUAUUUCCUUUUAUAUAGCUGAAGAAUAUGUAAACAGUAAUGCUGUACUUUUAUAAGGGUUUGUCUAGUUACCUACUUCAAAUAUAUUCUUACUCAGACAUCAUUGAAGUAAACUUGUCAGAUUAUUCUGAGUAUUGUAAACAGUGCCUUUUUGAUGGAAUUCACACUGUUUUGGGUGUCAACUCGUGCCAUAUUCACAGAAUUUUGUGGAAGGCAGUUUUAACUUUUUGAAGACUAUCUUCAUCAAAAUUUUAAGGACAAUUGUAUAAAAUUUCAUCUUUUUUCAGUGUUUGGCAUUUCUAGUCAGCAGUAAAUAGUUUUGUUUUGCUUUUUUGUCUUAUGUACAAGGACGAUGGCAUAAGAUGAGCCAUACCUGAGUCUGCAGAUUGUGAAUUAUGUUAAAAAUAGAGAAAAUAUUCAAGUUUAUAUCAAAUUUUCCAAUUUGACCUAUAGGAGGGAACCUCCCAUAAUUCAAUAAGUUUACAUUUUAACCUCUUUCUUAUUUGGCUACAUGUAUAAAGAGAUUCUUUAAAAUGUGUAACCUGCCACCACUGCAUAAUUUGGUUGCUUUUUGUUACAUAUUUUGUGGGUUUAGGAUAUCCACUUUUUGUUACAAUUAUUAUACUAUUUUGUUACAGUUUUUAAUUGAACAUGGACUGUUAAAAUUGUACAGGACCAGUGUCUUAUUAAUAAGAUUAACAUAUUUAGGAAGAGCCACAGGAAAACCUUGAUGAAAAUGAAUGUGUCUUUACUUUAUGGAAUAUUUAGAAAAAUUAGCCUCUUCGUUCAUCAUGAAAAUUAUUUUAGUACCAUAAUACUGAAAUUCUUUAUUUGUAAAAAUGCCAUGAAACAUUUGAAUGAUGAGCCACAAACCUUCAGUUGGGUAUAUUUUCACUUUUUGGCAUGUUAAAUAUACAUUUAAUUUCAAAUACAUCAGUUAAUGGCUGUUUAUAAAGUCAAGCACUACCACUGGUCAGUUUUGUAUGAUAGGAUAUAAGUGUGUUGCUACCUGCAGUGUAAGUAUAGCACACUGUUGAAUUCUCUUAAGGUGCAUAGUAAAUGCAUAGAUAGUCACAGGCGGUUUUGUAAUGUAUACAUUUCUAAUCUAUUAUUCCUAACCUGUUAUGUUUGCAGAGAGAAAAGAAUUUUUCUAAUGAUCUGUAAAAUUAUGUUAACUUCUAUAAGUAGGUAUUCUAAAUAAACUUUUUAAAAAGCAA